CGAUCGCCUCGAGUGCAAGAGCUCGAACGAGGGGCGGGAGGAACGCAGGAAGAACGAGAUCGACGGCGGCCACGCGGUCAUGAAGUCGAGAUCGACGUCGAGCGUGGGCACGUGGAAAGCGGAAUUGGAAACGGGGGAAUCGAACGGAACGAGGACGAGCUCGUCGAACCACUCUUCUAGUCUUUCCGGCGACGAGAGUCGCGCCAAAGUGAAGAGGUGCGCCAAGGUCGUCUCCUCGAUGACCAUGGAGAAGUGGAAGGAGACGGCCAGGUGCGAGACGAGGAGCAAACCCCUCGCCCCCGACGAUUUGACGACACCGUUGAGACUGGACGAGGCUGUUCUCGAGAAGAAGAAGCAGGGUGGGACAGGAGUCGGGGAAGGUGAGAAUAGGUUGCACAAUUUGAGGAGCGUGGACGACGUGGAGGAUGACGAGCUGCCAGCGUUUAUUGGCAAUCUUUUGGUCUCCGUGGAGAGGAAAAUCGAGAGAGUUUCCUUGGACGAUCUGACGUUCCCCUGUCCGGCGUGCAGGAAUAUAGACACCGACGAUCCGUUGCUGGGUUGUAGGUGCGCUGGUGACGAUUGCAGCUGCGGGGAGGAUACUUGCGAUUGUUCGCCCUCGGCCAAUAAGAGGAAGGAACAAUCGACGAGGAGCUUCGAGAUCGCUGGUAUCAAGCACAUCGACAGCGACGAUGAGGAGGAGGUGCGGAUGGGAUUCGGAACGAAAAAGAGAGUGGACGAUGUGGUAGCGCCCAGGACCAUUCACGACAUACCGGAACACGUUCUCACGUGUGGCCUCACGCUUCCUGGCUGCACGGACAUCCAUGGCAGACCCGUUCUCGAAUUCGAGGACGAGCCGUCCAGAAGGGAGGCCCUCUCUGUCAAGGAAGUGUCAUCGUUUCUGCUCUACCUCGCCCGUUUACCGAGCUCCGACGUUACCAAGAAUGGAUUCACCCUUCUGGUUCGAGGGCACGCUCCCGAAUGCCUGGAAUUUCUCGACAGGGUUCUGAAACUCGUCCAGGGACGAGUGAACGUUUCUCAAGCGAUACUUGUGCACAAUUCUGUCGCCGAGAGCUCGAUCAACUCGGAGUUACCUUUGAGCUGCGUCAAGACGACUAUCGUUGAUGAGGGCGCUUUGAGAGAACAUAUACCCAGGCUGGAGCGGAGCCACGACCAGACGCAAUGGAUUGCGUUUUAUAAGGACUACGAUGGAUUAAUGGCGGAAUGGCAAUCGGCUGGUCGCAGACUCGCCCUCGAAAUGUCAGAACUGAAGGAAUGCACUACCCUGUCCGGCACGUUGACGCCUCUCGGUCGGCUCCUGACGGAUCCUUCAUUGAGAAGAACGUCUCGAGAUGCUGAGGAAGCGAUCGCUUCUCUAGAGGAACGCGCGGCACCCCUUAUUCAUCUCGAUUACAUUAGAUUGUCGGUGAAACGGGCACGGAGGCUGGUGGAGGAGGUCGGGAACGCAGCCACCAGGCUCGAAUCAUCGUUCGAGUCCCGCCGCGCGACUAUAAGGAAUCUUGCGGUUCUCAGGAGUAUCGAGGACCAGGCGCACGAGGUGUUAUCUUGGUUUUGCAAAAAAGGCGAGGACGUGCUCACGAAACACGGGCAACACGCGGCGACGAACUUGACAGCGGCGCGACUUCACGAGAGGGAAUUCGAGAAAUUCUAUUUCACGUCGAUGAGACAUCUUGACAAAGGAAGCGACCUUGCCGAGGCGGCGAGUGCGAGCGGACUUCGCGAACUCGCAAGAUCCUUGAAGCAUCACCUUCGAGGAUUCGGUUCCCGGUUAGAGGACAGGCGCGAGUACCUCGAAGACACGUCGAGAUGUUGCCUGCUUCAAGAUCGGGCGUACGAGUGGGCCCAGGAGGCACGCCUUGCCGGCGAACGAGGGGCCCAGCAGUUCCUGAUGGCCAGACCACCCUUGCCGCCCGAGCAUUUCACAGAAAUGAUGGCACUCGCCGAGAAGCUCGGUAACGAAAUCCUUCUGGAACAAUGCCGCAUCGCCAGGAACAAGUGUGCGGAAGCGCUCGAGAUGGCGAGGACCACCUCCGCACCUGGCAGCCCCGCCAGAAGAAGAUCCUCCUCGGAGUCUGCCACCUCUUGGGAAGACAGUUUGACCAAGAGAACUUCAUGGGAUGACAGCGACAGUAAUGCAUCGUACGCUUGUCCCAUGGAGAGCGUAGGAUCGACAGGAAGCGGCGGUCGUCCUGUACUGGACAACAUUGCAGAGCUUCGAGAGAGCGCCGAACAGCUGCUCGAUUGCUCUCCACCACGAACGCCACCCCGAAGUCCUGCUCCUAGACGGUUGGUGAAGCCACCGGUGAACUCACACCUUCACAGAGCUGCCAGCAUCGCUCCUGGAAUGAAGGCGAAAAAAACAAUACUGCUCAUAAUGAGAGAAAUGAUACAGACCGAACGAGACUACGUGAAGUCCCUCGAAUACAUAAUAGAGAAUUAUAUUCCGGAGCUGGUGAGAGAGGACAUUCCUCAAGCGCUCAGGGGACAGCGCAACGUGAUCUUCGGCAAUGUCGAGAAGAUAUACGAGUUCCAUGGUCAGCAUUUCUUACGGGAAUUGGAACAAUGCGAGCAGUCGCCAAUGAAUGUGGGACAAUGUUUCCUUAGACACGAGAAGAAAUUCUAUCUUUAUGCGUUAUACAACAAGAACAAACCAAAUUCAGAUUCCCUGAUGGCCGAGUACGGUACUGCGUUCUUUAAGCAAAAGCAGCUCGAGCUUGGUGACAAGAUGGACCUCGCUAGUUAUCUAUUGAAGCCAGUUCAACGAAUGGGAAAGUACGCACUGCUAUUGCAACAGUUGGUCAAAGCGGGCACUGAUCUCUCGGAACAAAUGUCCGGCAAAGACGACAAGGACGAAAAGGACGACGGUAUGAAGCCAAUAGUCGAGGGAGAAGCAGAAUUGAGGGCAGCUGAACAGAUGGUACGAUUCCAAUUACGUCACGGAAACGACCUGUUGGCGAUGGAUUCACUGCGAGAUUGCGAUGUGAACGUGAAGGAACAAGGAAGACUGCUUCGUCAAAACGAGUUCUUAGUAUGGCAGGGUAAAGGCAAAAAGUGCCUACGACAAGUUUUCCUGUUCGAAGACCUUAUUCUAUUCAGCAAAGCGAGAAGAUUCCCCGACAGAAAGAACCUCGAUAUCUACAUCUAUAAGCAUAGUAUCAAAACAACGGACAUCGGGUUAACAGCCGUGAUCGCGGACUCACCUACGAAGUUCGAGAUUUGGUUCCGCAAGAGGAAACCAGGCGAUACGUACACAUUGCAGUGUGCAAGCGAAGAGAUUAAGAAAGCCUGGACGGAGGAACUGAGCAACCUUUUAUGGAAGCAGGCGCUGCGAAACAGAGAAGUGCGCCUGGCGGAAAUGUCGAGCAUGGGCAUCGGAAAUAAACCUUGUUUGGACAUUAGGCCUAGCGCGGAUCAAAUUAAUGAUCGUUCUAUUAGUGUAGCUCAACUCUCGAAAACACCUAGAUUUAGAAACUCGAUAGCAGUAUCAAUGUCAGAGGAUUCGGGACGCUGUAGCAGAAGGCCGCAUAGUGUUAUUUCCGUGAGUUCAUCAUCGAGUAGCGGCGGAAGUAGCGGCCCUCCAACGACACUGAAUCUUGGUUUGGAUACAAGUCCUCGACCUCAUCAUCGCAGUACUACCCUCAAUAGCCAAUGUAGUGUUGAGAGUGGCAUAAUAGCUGAUAUUUCGAUCGUCUCGGAUGAUGGUGGCGAUGGAACUGAAAGAAGUCAUUGGAACUCUACUCUAGAAAGUCCCACCUACCAUUUGCCAACGACAUCGACACCUCUUCAAUCACCGACCAGCGCAACCGCGACAGCAACAGUUACCUCGGCUUCUUCGUCCGACACGAAUCUUACUCCAUAUGAUCAAGACAUGUCUAUUAAUUUAUAAGUGUCACCCUCUGAAAAAGAUGGCGUGACUUUGAUAUAGAAGAGUACAUAUAUAUAUAUAUAAUAUAUACAUGUUGUCGAUUCACUUGCAAGUUGUUUUAUAGUGAAUGCAGUGUGAUUCACCCGAAUUGCAUACAGUUUUCCAAUGGAAAGUGGCAACGUCUACGUAUUCGUAUAACUGAAUAGAGAGUAUUAGAGCGCGUAUUUUUCUUGGGCAAUCAUAGUUCGAUGAAUGACCAUGAGCUAUGAGUGAUGUGUAAAAUGGUGUAAACACACAGUCCAAUUAGAUUACUGUAUUACGCUUAUCACGUGAGUUCCGUAACAAGCGCCUCUUGCAAAAGAUUUAAAACGGAUUCUCCGUGUUACAAAGUUUGUAAAGAGGAACACUCAUGCGUAUAUAUAUACAUAUAUAUAUGCUCAUACAUACAUAUUCACACACAUUCACGGUAUACCUUUGUGUCCCAGACAGAAAGCUCAACUUUCAAGUGAAUUUAUCUUUUGAUACGCUUCGAAUUUCAUUGAUCUAUAAGCGAUCGGAUAUAUAGUUAUCACGUCUGAAUUUUAUAAACCAUUGAUUUUUCAGAAGUAACGGCGACGUGUAUUUUCUUAUACUAUCUCCUCAAAUCCACCAACGUGCUCAAGAGAAAGAUCAUAAAUACAAAUGUGUUCCGACAGAAUCUAUAUGUGUAUAGCUGCAUGUUUCACAAUGUGCUGCAGUAUCGCAAACAGUAUGCACUGGUUGCCAUUAUUCUCAUAAACAUUGGCAUUCCUGAUUAAUCAGUGAUUGAGAAUAUUAUCUCGAAUUACCGACCAAUUUAUGUAUGGUACUUUUAUACUUUAUUUAUAUGUUUAGUGAAUAAAUAUUGAUAUUCCAUGUCCACAUUGUGUUCGCGCUUACUACUAUGAAUUAAAGACGUAAUCGUUAAAUUACGUCAUAGUCGAGUAUACAAAGAUUUUUUUUUUUUAUAUAUAUAUGUAUAACCUGAAGAUCGAUUUUUAUUUCAUAUUAUCAUUCUCUUCAGGAAUUCCAUUAAUAUCAAAAUCAUUGUUCGUCUUCUUGUCGAAUGCGUUUUCAACAAAAUGCGCGUCCGACAGAACACAUCCUUUCAGGAAUGUCAAAACAAUGCGCACACAUACAUACCACUUUGUAAUAUAAUGUAAUAUUAAAGGUUUAUACGAUAUAGCCACAAGUAAUAUAACCGAUAGUCUAAAUAUAUAUUAUUUCCAGAUUAUAUAUUAAAUAUAUAUAAUAUUAUAUUCUUUUUAUGUCAGUCAUUUGUAAAACCUUUUAUCACCUGUAGAUGUAAACCUAACUCUGGCCUGUACACGAAAGCCAAAUUCUAUCCUCUGUCUUUUUCUUUCUCUUUCUCUUUCUUUUUAUCUCUUUUUCUUUUUCUCUAUUUAGAAAAAAGAGAAGCAAGCUACAUUUAAAUAAUAUUUCUUUUAUAAUUGUUGUGUGGUCGUUUUAAAAAGUUUAGCUUAAACUAUUAAGUUACGUCCACACAAAAUAACGUUUUUUCACGUUAGUUUCUUUUUGUUCGAGAAACUUAUAGUUUUAACUGUGCAGGUUCGAUUAUGGUUCGUUGACUGAUAUUUUUGGCAUAAAAUUGAAAUAUAUCAUCAUAAAUAUAUAUCGCAAUUUUCGUACAUAAUUCAAUUACAUAUGCGAUAAAAAGCUUUGCGUCCUGUUCUAAAUUAAAAAAUUCAAUCAUGAAUACACAAUCGCCUGUAUCGGUUUCGAUCAUAGUCAUGCGCUUAGUGAGCUAGCGACCGAAGAAAGCAAAAUCACGUUAGCGCAUGUAGCAAUCAGUAAUUAUCCCGUUAUAUAAUUCUGUAUUGUUACUGCUUAAACAAGUCAGUCGAGAUCAAGCCAUUGUUAUUGCCAAGGUCUGCCAAGAUAUUUGAAUGAUAUCUUAUGGAUAAUGACCAAAUUCCGUUUAGUUCGUAUUUUGGGGUUGAUCGAAAAAUUUAAGGUAUUUAGAAAAUGUAGUUGUAGAUUAUAUAGUUAGUUAAC